UUAAAUCAUGGAUGCUCUCAAGAAAAAACUUCUUAAAGAUUUCAAUUCGAUUGUCUAUAGAAUCAAAGAAAAAUCAAGAAAAAAAUAAAAUAUUGCAAGAUUACAUGAUAUUCAUUGAUAAUCUGAAUCGAUAUGUAAAUCAAACAAAAUGGAGCCAAUUUUCCGUUGGCGAGGAAAGAUGGCAAGCAUUAUCAUGUUAUGUAGAAAAGAAUCAAUCAAAUUCAUCAUCUUCAUCGGAAAUUAUCGACCAGGCAAAACUGUUGGAGAGUUUCAAACUGUCGAAAAUCUUGGCCAAUAAAAUUAUCUUUCGCAAAACUGCUGGCGUUUUUCGGCUAAAUCAUCCGUUGGUCAUGGCAAUGAACCGCCUGAAACACGGAUCCAAAGACCAAGAAGAAUGUGCCAUCCACCGAAAGAGAUUCAAAAGCGAAUCAAGAAUGAGGGAGCAUUUGAAAACUUGUCAUCCAGAAGUUUAUGUUGAUACUAUCGAUCCAAAUGAAUAUGAAUAUGACCGAAAAAAUGUUUGUCAAAUUUUGUAUGUUCCUGUGGCAACCAUUAAAGAUGAGAAUAUGUCUCCAAAUUGUGCAAAAGAAAAACCCAAAAUUCCAAUCAUUACGUUAUCAUCGGAUGAUGAUAAUGGCGACAACAAAGAAUCUAUUGAUCAAAAUCAAAAUGAACAAAAAAAAAGAAGAAAUUGAAAAAAUAAAUGGCCAGUCCACCAUCAAAAUUAUCUCGAAAAUCUGAAAUUGUUGGAUUUCAGCUUAAAAUGGCAUCCA